GGGCUGGAGAGAGUCAGAGUCAGACCUUCAAAACAACCCAGAGUCCCGCAGCAUCUUCCCCUCGGAUCUGCCUUGCUCGCCACCGUCUCCCUGCUCAGAUCUCUGGGCAACUCCUGAGGCCACAAUCAGCCCCUUUAUCUCACGUUAAACCUUCACGGAGCAACCAUGUUGAUUCUUCUGGCUUUCAUUAUUGUGUUUCACAUAACUUCAGCAGCGCUGUUGUUCAUCUCAACCAUUGACAAUGCCUGGUGGGUAGGAAAAGACUUUUCUACAGAUGUCUGGAAUGUCUGUAUCAACAUCACCAACUGUACAGCCAUUAAUGAAAACAAUUCAGAAUAUCAGUCUGUGCAGGCCAUUCAGGCCACCAUGAUCCUGUCUACUAUUCUGUGCUGUGUUGCAUUUCUGGUUUUCAUUCUUCAACUCUUCCGCCUAAAGCAAGGAGAAAGAUUUGUGUUAACUUCUACUAUCCAGCUGCUGUCAUGUCUCUGUGUUAUGACUGCAGCAUCCAUUUACACAAAUAGGCAUGAAGAUCUGCACAAGAGUAAUGGAUACGAGUUUGAUGUUCCUAGUGGCCAGUAUGGAUAUUCCUUCAUCUUAGCCUGGAUUGCAUUUGCUUUUACUCUGAUCAGUGGUGUCAUGUACCUAGUAUUAAGGAAACGUAAAUAAAUGUCAGCAGCUAGUUAUUUCUGUCAUUGCAGUACAGAAGCAGAAUUCCAAUAACCAUUUUGUAUAUAAUCAUUUGUGGUUUUGUAGUAAAGGUAUUGUUUCUCUAAAAAUGUACUGUGUUCUUGGUAUGAAAGACUAUGGAAAAAAUGAUGCAAGUUUACUGGAACACUCUGCCAGCUGGGGUCAAGAGUCUGAACAAGCCAAGGCCAAAUUAGAUUUCCUUUGUAUGUUUCACAACUUUAAAUGGCUGCCACUAAACUAGGUACUAACAAGAGUUUGAUCCUGCCCUCUAAAUGGUUCACACCAUGCAUAGACGUUCAGGUGGCAUUUAACUUCUGUUGGCGAUGUUUAAAGGAACCUAAACACACCUGCUCAACACACACAGAUGGGGUCUUCCUAAGCCAUUUAGCCCUGUCUACUUAAACUUCUUCAAAAUGACACAGGGAUUUUUUUAUAUAGAAAUAACUGAUAAAAACCUGUACUAGGCUAUUAGACUUAAAUGCUCUCUACUGUAAAAUACAAUUUUGGUUAAUGGUGAUUUAAAGGUUGGUUAAUCAUCCUUGAUAAAGGUUGUGGUUUGUACUUGUCUAUUGUAGCUUCAGGGUUUAAAGUAGUAUUUUAUAGUUUAGCAUACUUAAUCAUGGCCUUUUUAUACCUACCGUAGUUGGACAAACCCUAGGCCUAGAAAAAGGAAAGCUAGUAGGUUUUGAAUAGGCCUGUAACUAGUUACACUUGAGUCAGAUCAGCUAAUGCAAAAUAGCAUAGCUCUACUGAAGUCCGAGCUACACCCUAUAGAUCAGUUAAAUAAUUGACCUACACAGAUUCAGUGAGAACACUUGUGUGAUUACUCACAAGGUCGGAAUGGAUGCAACUCAGUGAACUAUCUCAAACAUGGGAAUUGGUCUUGCUCUAUUUCCCAAAGUGGUGGUGUUUAUGUAUUACUUGCAGGGAGCAGGAAAAAACUACUGGCUUAGAGAACAGGUAGAGUAAGAGGGAAACAAGAUUUAAAGCAGUCUUAGUACUAUGCAUUUUUGCCCUUGUAACAUGACACUGCUAGUCUCUUAUCUACAUUAUUUCCCUUCUAAGUGUGUCCUAACUUGUGAAGUUACCAACUAACACUCCUUUAAUUUGUAAAAUGUUUGUCCCCAAAUAUUCAUUCUGUUAAAGGAAUAAUUGGGUACACAAAGAAUAGAAUUUGUUCUCUAUAUAAACAGAUGUACUAUAAGGAAAGGGUUAAAGACGACUUCACCCCAAGAAUUUGAUAUCCUGGCUUACAUUUCAUGUAAUGAACAGUAAAAUGAUCUAAUGAAAUUAUAAUGCAAAUACCUGGACCAAAACUAUGUAACUGACUUAUGACUAACAGUCCAUACAUUACAGUAUAAAUACUAACUGUGCCACUAACUGGCUACUUGACAGAUACUUCAGUUAUUUACGGUAAAUCAUUUUGCCUGGGUCAUUUUAUAGUUUGAAUAUUUAAAUAUGUAAGAUACAGCAUGCAUAUAUGUACAUACAUGUAUACACAAUCAUGCUUUCAUAAUGAAAGCCCUAACACCCUAAAGCAAAUGGCAUAUGCUGGAAGAGUACAUACAGCCAUCUAUAGAUCCUGCCAUAUUUUAGUUAGUCCAAGUGUGAAUCUUUUGUACACAAAGAAAAUGCCAAGAAACGUUUGAAGUAUGUCUUGUGACAGAAAAACCAUAUUUUUAGGAUAUUUUUUACUUACUCGGCCUUGAAAAUAUUUCAUUUUCUAUGUUUUAUAUACUCUGAAAUUGUACAUGAAAAUAAAGCAGAAACAACUACUGUACUGUAACAGCAAGCUUGAUACAUUUGAUAGCCCUUACAUUGCCUUAAAGUUCUGGACCCAUUUAAACAUUGUGUGUGAGUAUUUCUGUGCAAAUAAGUAAAAAUUAAUAGCUCUUUA